AUGUCUCCAGCUCCCGCAUUCAUCUACCCGCUAGAUCACCGCGACGCCCUCAUACGUUCAAGCGACGAUUCGGAAUUCCUACCUGCGGCAAACAAUGGCCAAGAAAGCGAGACUGAUAGUGUCGACAAUUAUCUCGCGCUCCUCAGCGCGCGUCAGAUCAAGAGUGCUUCAAAUAAUCCUGGCGCGGUGCCUUUUGAGCCCGGGGAUCACACUCGGGAUACCCAAAGUCUUGUCCAAUACAGGUCUUCUGUCAAUGGUGGUUACGGCGAGCCGUUCAAUGCUGCCCCGCUCGAGACGUCAUUGAAUGCCGAAAGACCUCCUAAAGAGCAUGCUCAAGGGGCCAAGUCCAAGUGCAAACUAUUUGCCUCUGCUCUUUGGAAGUCAACAUGUAUCGACGCCAGUCAGUCCGACUUUCCAGGCAUACUGUCAAUUGAUCAUUUCGUAUCUCAAACCAAUAGCGUCAACUCCAAAGGCCAGCUGGUGAAGUCGAUCAAAGACAUGACAUGCCAGUCUUAUGCAAAACUUGUUAAUCGGUCACAUAUGCAACGGUGGGAUGAGUGCCAGAUUCCAAUAACCGAAUAUGCCCCCACACGAUCAACGGACUAA